AUGCUAAGAACAUGCCAAGACUGGCUCUGCUCGAGGGCUUUACUGUGUCUUCUGCUGCUGCUGUCGCUGUGUGUACCAGAGGUGCGGGCGAUCGAACUCAACAUUGAUGAUGAGCAAUCCAUCAAAGAUGCGGCCAGCACGGCUGCCUAUGGGAUGAUGAUCCAUUAUCACGGCAAUGAAACAGGACAGAUUCCUGGAAAGUUGCCCGACACCUGGUGGGAAGGAGGUGCCAUGUUCAUGGCCUUGAUUCAAUACUGGUACUUCACCGGCGAUACCACCUAUAAUGACGAAGUGUCUGUUGGCAUGCAAUGGCAGUCCGGCAACGGCGACUACAUGCCAACCAACUGGAGUACAUAUCUGGGGAACGAUGACCAAGUAUUCUGGGGUCUGGCCGCCAUGACCGCCGCCGAAUUACAGUAUCCCGAAGUCGAUGAUGGUUAUUCUUGGUUGUCACUGGCGCAGGGCGUCUUCAACACCCAGGUUGAACGGUGGGAUACCAAUACCUGCGAUGGAGGGUUACGUUGGCAGAUCUACGCUUAUGAAGCCGGCUACGGCAUGAAGAACACCAUUUCGAAUGGGGGCUUGUUUCAGCUGUCCGCUCGUCUCGCACGCUAUACGAACAACGACACCUAUGCCGAUUGGGCCGAAAAGAUCUUUGACUGGUCUGCAUCGACUCCGCUGUUAAACAAUAACACCUGGAAUGUGGCCGACUCGACCAACGUCGACGACGAUUGUACUUCUCAAGGAAAUAAUCAAUGGUCAUACAACUAUGGUACACUGCUAAGCGGUGCAGCAUACAUGUAUGCCUAUACCAACGGCACAUCGAAAACCAAAUGGCAAAACGCUGUCAACGGCCUCUUAAACGUCACCUUAGACACCUUCUUCCCUGCGAAAUACGACUAUGCCAUGUCAGAGAUCCUCUGCGAACCCAACGAAGUCUGCAACAACAACGAAAUCCUCUUCAAAGGCCUCACAUCCGCCUGGCUCGCCUUCACCUCCGUUCUCGUCCCGUCGACGUCGUCGCGAAUUCUCCCCAAGCUCCAAAGCUCUGCCGAAGCUGCCGCCGAAGCUUGCACUGGAAACAAUAACAACACCUGCGGAGUCCGGUGGUAUACCAAGGAAUGGGACGGAUGGAGUGGUCUUGAGGAACAAAUGAGCGCGCUGAGCGUGUUCUCGUCAAAUCUCAUCACCACAAAGAACUCAACCCCGGUCACUUCGACCACCGGCGGAAAUAGCACCAGCAAUCCCGCAAGUGGCACGAAUGAUAGGAACGCGCAAGGUCAUACUUCACCGGCCAUAACGACUGGCGACCGGGCGGGUGCAGGCGUCCUGACGGCUGUAUUCGCGUCGGGAUGGAUCGGUAUUAUGAUAUGGCUAGUGCUAUGA